CCUGUGCCACAGAAUUGCCCUCACCUGACACAUAGCUCCAGACAUGCUGCUUCCUGCCACAGGGAACUCUGCCUCCAUGGCCACCAAGGUCCCAGCUGAGAAAUCUGGGAAAUGUCGCUGUGAGACACAUGAUUCUGCAAGCAUCCUGUACAAGAUCCUUAACAAAGAGCAUGGAAGUGAGACCAAGUGGCACCAGCAGCACAGCAGUCCCCACUGCUCCACAAGAAGCAAAGUCUGCCCUUGUUUGGACAGGAGAAGAGUUGUCCUGAGAACACCAGAAGCCACAUGCAGAAGAGCUUCUGAAGUGUUGUUGAAGACUUCAACUUUUAUUAGAAACUUACCCUCUUUUUAUCACAUGCCUUGGGAGGAUCAGUUUGUCCUCAUACAACAGAACUGGGCCCCUCUUUUUGUCGUGGGCAUGGCACAAGAAGGGGUGGAUUUUGACCUGAGAGAGAUUCCAGCCACCAGUUUAUUGAAAAAAAUCCUCCUCAAUCAGUCUUCAACGGCUAUGAAUGAACUGGGCAGCUCAUCAGCAGGAGCAUCUUUAGCAGAAGUUCAGAAGAUGAAGAAUUUAUUGUGGAAAUUCUGGGACCUGGACUUAAGUGCAAAAGAAUAUGCCUAUCUUAAAGGAAUUAUUCUUUUUAAUUCUGAAUGUCAUGUCCUGAAAUGUCUCCCCUAUGUACAAUCACUGCAGCAGGAAGCUCAGAAAGCCCUGAUGGAGUUUAUCUCAACAGUGUUCCAUGGAAGCCUUGGCAGGUUUGCUUGGAUUCUUCAGCUAAUCACUUCUCUUCGAGACAUUGAUGCAGAUGCUAUUGAAGAGCUCUUCUUCAGACCCAUCCUAGGAGAGGCUACCCCAAAUGUACUACUUAUAGAAACCCUAUAUAUCAAGCCAGGCUGGCUUUGAAAACAAAAUGACAUCUGAGCAAUAAAAUAUUUCAUUUUGAAGAGAUGAGAGAAUAUUAUGAACUAAAUAAACACAUUUCAAAAAAAUCA